AUGACGACGAGGGAGAACAUCAUCCUACCCAAGGUGACGCGAGAGCGCAUCUCCGCCGAUCCGUCGACGUGGGCCCCCAAGCUCACCACGGCGUGCCCCGUCAUCGACAAGUGGCUCCGAGGCGGGGUGCCCACCCGGCACGUCACCGAGCUCACCGGCGAGGCGGGCGCCGCCAAGACUCAGCUCGCGCUCCAGCUGCUGCUCAACGCGCAGCUACCGAGGGAGGUGGGAGGGUUGGACGGCGCGGCGGUGUACGUGCACACGGAGGGACGGGCGCCGCUGGCGCGGCUUCGACAGAUGAUCUCCAAGCGCCAAAUCUACUCCGCCCACCUCCCGCCCGACCACGACCCGCUGGACUACGUGUACCUGGUCAAGACCCUGGAGGAGGACCCGGAGAGCCUGUGGGACGCGCUCGCGUCCGUCGCGGACGUGCUGACGGAUCCACCCGGGGGACCGCGACGGCCCGUGCGUCUCAUCGUGGUGGACUCGGUGUCGUCGCCGUUCAGGGAGACGGACGCGAGCACCAAGGAAGGGGUGUUCGAACGCACGGGGAUACUGUCGCGCGUCGCCGCGCUCAUAUCGGAGUACGCGCACAGGGCGGACGUCGCGGUGGUGGUCACCAACCACGUGUCGGACGCCGUGAGGGACGACGGACGCGGCGGGUUCGACAGUCGGCAGCGUCGCCUCUUCGGACCAAGCGGCGACCUUCGAUCGAGCGGCCGACCCGUCCAGCCCGCGCUCGGCCUGUUCUGGGCCAACUGCGUCAACACCCGCGUGUUCCUCUCGCGGACGGGGGGCAGCGCGGGCGGGUACGACAACGACGGACGCGUUGGGUUGGUCGACUCGGGGGGCACAGCUGUCGUUCGUCGUCACGCGUCGGUGGUGUUCUCGUCGCAUUUACCGUCGACGGCGCCGGCGUGGGGCGGCGCGUUGGACGACGGGUGGGGAUCCAGCGCGGUUCGUCCGUGCGAGUUCGAGGUGAGGGAGGACGGCGUGUGGGGCGUGGAGGCUAGGGGGGAAGAGGAGGAGGAGAAGGAGGAGGAGGAGAAGGAGGAGGAGGAGGAGGAGGAGGAGAAGGAGGAGGAGGAGGAGGAGCAGCGAUUGGGGAAGGAGAAGCGACGACCUCGACGCGAUGGACGAGCGGAGUAG